AUGACUCGUCCGUCGAAUAAUUUUCAGUACCCUAAAAUAAAGCGAGAAAUGACCGGUGAUACGGGAUUCGGUCUAGGUGUUGGAGUAGCAAGCGGCUCCGGACUUGCUGCGGCCCAACAAGGCCAGGGAGUCGCAGCUUUAUUGGUGAUGCUGGCCGUUCUCUGCUUUAUAUUCGCGUACUGCUGCUGGGGAGCUCCGUUCUGCAGGUCGUUGUGUCGCAGACACUGCUGCUGCAGGCUAGAAGAUCCAGAGCUUGACACAAGAUUCGGCAGCAGUGAUCAGGCCAUGGUCGCUACUCCGACGAUUAUUCUGCUGCCUCACGGAAGAAUGCUGGUAGUUGAUGGAAAUAUUUUCAGUCAGUUCCAAGCUGAUACUACAGGUCUUGAUCUGGUGGAAUUGGGUGAAAAUGUUCUGAGGGCACAACGUAACUCACGGUAUGUUAAUCGACACCACUUGUCGCACAAUAGCCAAGGAAGCAUGUUGGAAAUGGAUGCUGAGACACCGAGUAAAGAUAGUAUUGGCUCGGUUGGUUGCUUUCCACCACCGACUUAUGAAAGUAUUUAUGGUAAAGAAGAAGGUGACAUGCCGCCAUCAUAUUCUGAUAUUAUUUUACACAGUCUUGAUAAUUGCUCACAUAUCAUAACGAAUCCAAUGAACACUGUGACUUAUCAUCCCUACGCAACAAUAACGUCCUUUUCGAGUCAGAAUUUUUCACGUAAUCUGACGAGGAAUAACUCGAGGCACAAUCAACCAAGCACAACGACCGACAGUUUUUACAUUGAAAAUGAGUAUAAUAAUAUUUACACAGUAAAUAGCAACAACAACAUAAACCAUAAUCACAACAAUCAACAAAACACAAAUGUAAAUGUAAAUGUUAAUUCAAAUAAUAAUCACCCUACGACCAAUCACAGAAAUUUCUACGUAAUGACCAACGGGAGCCUGUACCGUCAAAACGCAUCACGUGGAUUUAUUUCUAACGAAGAGCUGCACAGACACUUUAGUGAUACUAAUAAUAUAAGUUCUACCUUCGAUAAUUAUAAUUUUAACUCUAAUUCUAAUUCUAACGGGACGUCGUCCAGUGAGACUUCUGAUCCUCGGGUCCAGAGCACACAAGAGACAGUUGUUGACGUUAAUGUUACUGAAAGGCGAUCUGGCGAACGGGAUGGAGCUAGUGCUGUUGGAUCAAUUAAUAUCAUCAGUUCUAAUUCUAAUUCUCACGCUAGUGCUAAUCAAAAUCCACGCAAUCAUAUUGAUCCUGAUGGUAGUGCUAGGGCUGAUCAGAGACGUGAUAGACACCGUGAUAUUGAUAUGGAUGAAGAAAAUAAUAAUUUUGUAACACUUGCUGAUAUUCGUGAGAGCCGCGUGUGA